AUGCCCUUCGGCCUGAAGAACGCGGGGGCAACUUACCAACGGCUCGUCAACCGGAUUUUUGCUAAAUACAUCGGCGGCAUCAUGGAGGUAUAUGUCGACGACAUGUUGGUAAAAAGCCGAACGGCAGGGGAUCACCUGGAAAACUUGGCCCUCAUGUUCGGUAUUCUAAAGGACUACCGAAUGCGGCUGAACCCGGCGAAGUGCGCCUUCGGUGUAUCUUCCGGUAAAAUUUCUCGGGUUCAUGAUCAGUCAAAGGGGAAUCGAGGCCAAUCCCGAGAAAAUAAAAGCCAUAAUCGACAUGGAGACGCCCGAAGACGCAGAAGGACAUUCAGAGCCUUACCGGACGUGUCGCUGCCCUGA